AUAUUAUUAUUAUUAUUAUUAAAGGUCCAUGCCAUUCUUCGGGACAAUGCAAGCAAUAUGAAGAAGGCAAUGAGGGACCUGGGAGUCUCCAGCCUGGGAUGUUUCUCGCACAUGAUUCAACUCGUGGUGCACGAUGGACUGCUGUCCCAGCGAAGUGUGAGCGAUGCGCUGGCCAGUGGGAGAAAAAUAAUUGGGCACUUCAAACAUUCCCCAUUGGCCACAUCAAGACUUGAAACUGUCCAGACGGGACUGGGAAUGCCAGUCAAACGUCUGAUCCAAGAUGUUCCCACCCGCUGGAACCUUUUAUAUGACUGCGAGCCUGCUGGAGCAAAAGAGUGCCAUCUCACUCUAUGCUGCAGACCACCAGCUCCCAGCAACACUGACAGCAAGUGACUGGACCUUGCUGGAGAAAAUCAACACUCUUCUGGCUCCAUUUGAAGAGAUCACAAAACAGAUCAGCUUCGCCACCUCCACCACCUCAGAGGUCAUCCCCUCAGUCAUCGCCCUGAAGCGUCUGUUGGCCAAACAGACCACAGAGGGCAGCGGGAUAAAAACAAUGAAGGCGACACUUCUAGCAGCUAUGGGCACAAGAUUCCAGACCGUUGAGGCGGAGCCCUUGUACUGUUUCAACCAUAUUGGACCCACGUUACAAAGACAGAUACUUCACAAGUGCAGAGAGCAGCAAGCUUGCAAGAAGUGCACUGACCCAAGAGGUGGAGAAAAAUGAGGAGUCAUCACUGCAGACAACCACCACCGAGGCAGCAGACCCAGCCAGUAAGACCCCACGGAUGACAGCAGAGCCCAACACAAGCAGCUGCUUUAAGGGGCUGUAUGAGGAAUUCCUGCAAGAGCAUGCUGCUGAACAAGGUGGGGCCAGCAGCACAGUUACACAGGUGCAGAUAGAGACAUAUCUGGCUGAGAAAACAAUCCACCGCACAGAGCCCAUUCGAGUAC